AUGUGCGCGCCGUUCGGGUUGGGGGGGAAAAAGGAAAGCUCUCCACCGAGCGAUCAAAAGUUUGAAAGCGAAAUCAAGGCGUCGCGAAGCAAUAAGAGUGGCGCCAACGCGGCGUUCGACCCCGAGGCUCUGGAGCGAGGCGCCAAGGCGCUCAGAGAAAUCAACCAGUCCCCGUACGCGACGAAAGUGUUGGAGCUCUCGCGCACGCAAGAACAAACGAAACAAAGUGAACUUCGUGCGCGCGAGGCAGAGGCGGCGGCGGCGGCGGCGGCGCACGCCACGGAACGCGAAAAGGUGAUGUGGAGUGAACAAUCGCGCGUGGAGAAGGAGCGGUCGCAGCAACAGGCGCAGUUGAAGCAAUACGACGACGAGCUUGCGAGAAAGAGAAUGGCGACCGAGCACGAGCAGCGCAGGCAACGGAACGCGGAAAUGGUCAAGCUGCAAGAAGAGGGCGUGGAAAGACAAGAGGCUAUCAAGAGGGCGACGGAGGAGAAGAUUCAGCGCGAACGCCGAGAGACCGAGCGGUACCGCGCCGAGCUUGAACGCGAAAACUUGCGAGCGAAGGCAAUCGCAGAAGCCGAAGGUCGCAUCGCGGAGAACAGAAAGAAUGAAGACGUGAUUCGUCGACAGAUGAUUGCCAAAGUGACGGCGGAGACGGACAAGGCCGUGAAGCUCGUCAACGAGACGCUCGGCUUGAUCGGCGGCGGAUUCAACUCCAUCCUCGGCGACCGCGACCGCAUGAUGAUGUUCGUCGGAAGCGCCACCGCACUCGCCGCGGGCGUGUAUGCAUCGCGUGAGGGCGCUCGAUUCGGCUUUAGGCAACUCGAAAAGUACAUCGGACAGCCUUCUUUGAUUCGCGAGACAUCUCGCGGGUCGUUUUGGAAGCCUAAACCAGCAGCUGCCGCGUCCACUGCGGCGGCUCCGGCGCAAGCGAACGGAAUAUUGGGCGACGUCGUCCUCGGAAACAAGCUGCAAGAGCGCGUGCAACGUUUGGCGGUGUCGACGGCGAACACGAAGAAGCACUCAGCGCCGUUUCGAAACAUCCUCUUCCACGGCCCUCCGGGUACGGGCAAGACGAUGGCGGCCAAACGUCUCGCUCGGUACAGCGGCUUGGACUACGCGGUGAUGACGGGCGGUGAUGUUGCUCCCCUCGGCGCUAACGCCGUGACGAAGCUCCACGAAAUGUUUGACUGGGCGUCCACCAGUCGUAAAGGUUUGCUCUUGUUCAUCGACGAAGCCGACGCCUUCUUGGCGAAACGGGGGAGUGACGUCGCCGGUACGGAAUCUCGCGCCGCGCUCAACGCGCUGUUGUACCGCACUGGUGAGAUGAACCGCGACGUGGCUUUGGUUUUAGCGACGAAUCGACCGGAGGAUUUGGACAAAGCGGUCCUUGACCGCAUGGACGAGUCCGUUGAAAUCGGCUUGCCGGAUCUCGAAGCGCGAAAGCGAAUGGUGAAAUUAUAUUUCGACAAGCUCAUCGUCCGAGGUGCGGACGCCGGCGACGAUAAACCUGCGAAAUCUUUCUUCGGCGGCUUGUUCCGCAGAAGCCUUCCCGAGCGCCCCAUCGAGGUGAAGGAUGUCACUGACGCCGACCUGGACGCCGGCGCGGCAAAGACGGAAGGUCUCAGCGGUCGUGAAAUUUCAAAGCUCAUGGCGAGCGUUCAAGCGGCGGCGCACGGAUCGUCCGACGGCGCGUGCACGAAAGCCAUGCUCGAGGAAGUCACGACGACGAAGCUUGCAGAGAACAAGACGAAAGCGAAGUGGGGGUAA